AUGGCAAAAAAGAAAGCAUUCACUCCUCUUUUAUAUCUUGCAUCUAUAGUAUGUUUGCCCUGGUGGAUUUCUCUCUCAUUUAAUAAAAGUCUGGAAUCUUGGGUCACUAAUUGGUGGAAUACUGGGCAAUCCGAAACCUUUUUGAAUGAUAUUCAAGAAAAGAGUAUUCUAGAAAAAUUCAUAGAAUUAGAGGAACUCCUCCUCUUGGACGAAAUGAUCAAGGAAUACUCAGAGACCCAUCUACAAAAACUUCGUAUAGGAAUCCAUAAAGAAACGAUCCAAUUAAUCAAGAUACACAACGAAGAUCGUAUCCAUACGAUUUUGCACUUCUCGACAAAUAUAAUCUGUUUCGUUAUUUUAAGCGGUUAUUCUAUUUGGGGUAAUGAAGAACUUGUUAUUCUUAACUCUUGGGCCCAGGAAUUCCUAUAUAACUUAAGCGACACACUAAAAGCUUUUUCUAUUCUUUUAUUAACCGAUUUAUGUAUCGGAUUCCAUUCGCCCCAUGGUUGGGAACUAAUGAUUGGAUCUGUCUACAAAGAUUUUGGGUUUGUUCAUAAUGAUCAAAUUAUAUCUGGUCUUGUUUCUACUUUUCCAGUCAUUCUAGAUACAAUUUUAAAAUAUUGGAUUUUCCGUGAUUUAAAUCGUGUAUCUCCGUCGCUUGUAGUGAUUUAUCAUUCAAUGAAUGACUGA